AUGACCACCUACACGUCGGUCCAUCAUACAGUGAUGACAAAAGACGACGUCAUUGCGUACCCUGUAGACUUCCUAAGCUCACUAGAGCUAUCUGGGGUGCCGUCCCACAAGCUGGAGCUGAAGGCCCACCGCAGACCAGAGGGGAUGGAGCCCGCCAGCGUGCUGUCCGCCGCCGCCUCGCUGCUGCUGGCCGCCCUCAACCUCACCUCCCCUCCCCCACCCGGCAGCCAACCACCGGCAGACCCGGCAGUCUACGCCACCAUGACAGACGGAUGCAGAGAUUACGGCUUGACGUGCGAGGCACACACGGUGGAAACUGAGGACGGCUACCAGCUGACAGCUCACCGAGUGCCAGUUCCUCCGGGCGUUCCCCGCCGUGGGGCUCUGCUGGCCGUUUCAGGGCUCAUAGGUUGCUCUGACAACUUCCUCCUGCCCUUCCCCGAGAAGUCUAUGCUGAAACCUUUGUCCAACGCGGGGUAUGACGUCGUGCUGGGGAACCUGCGGGGGUCCGCCUACGCGGGCCACCGGCGCUGGUCACGCAGCCAGCCAGAGUACUGGCGCUUCAAGUGA